AUGUCCCAUCCUAGUGAAAAGACUGAAGCUGAAAAGCUUGCAGGCAUGUUAGCCAUACAUGCGGAAAUGACUCGCGGGUGGAAAGCAUCAAAAUUUCACGCCGUUCAAAAAGAAUGGGUGGAAAAAACGAUAUUUCCUUUGAAGCUAGUAGUGGAUUCAGCGUUAUCCAUGGGUGUUGGAUCAAUACAGGGUGGCACAAAUAGUUCUUAUAAGUAUGAUGAAAGUUACGUUUCGCAGAAUGAGGAACGCGGCGGAGGUUUGUAUCAUCUUUCCCAAGUGGUUGGCUUUGAAUGUUGGAUUGAUAUUUUGAGGCAAAAAUUUGAUAUUCCACCAAGUAAAGUGUACUUUCAGGAUCCGGGUUUCACCGAUCUCGAAAAAUCGUUCAUCACUUCACUUGGCCAUACAAUAUUAGAGCAUCCCCAAGCAUACGAAAUACUCACACGGCGAACAUUUCUCUGUUCUUGUCGCUUAUAUAAAGAUGUUGUGGCAGCUUGCUUUGCCGCUGCCAUGCCGGACUUGGCUGUUAUGUCACCACUUUGGAUGGAUAGCUGGGUAACAUCCUCCCUGGCCGGAGGACCAUAUUUUAACAGAAUGAGGCGAACUAUCCGUCGGUACGCCAGGACACACCUUAGCCAGAAGCAAGGUCCACUCUUUGAACGCACUCGCGACGCAGACCUCGAGGAUUUGAGUAUAGAUAGACUGAUGCAUAGCUGUCUCCAAGACGUCGAGAUGUAUUGGACGCCGGAUGAUUUGAGUGUAAUAGGAGAUAUAGGCGAGCCGAUAGAUCAAGAAGUGUGGCGUUUCUUGCCCGGAAUCUAUGGUGUAGUCGAUUCUCUGGGAGGAGGGAUGGCGUAUGUGGAGAUGAGGGUAGAAAUGCAGAAUAAGCGUCGCAAGGAAAACCCAUUAGAAGAAUUACCUAGUGGAUCUGAGUGGGAAUAUGAGGGGAAAGAAGACGAGCCUGAGCCUGAGCCAGAACCAGAGCCAGAACCAGAACCACAACCCGAUAAACCAUUACCAUCUACAAAAAUAACUCCCAGGUCCCCUCUCUAUCGUGAUAGCUAUCGCGGUAACAGAAGACGACUGACACGAAUAAGAAAGCUGCGGGCAUAUCGCGAUGACGGCACGAUAAACUUUUCAUGAUGGCUCCUGAUUGCAGUAUGGGAGGUUGAAUUUUCUAGAAGGGUUAAUGUUGUUGUAGAUUUCUAUCGGGGUGUAUUGUUGGUUUGUUGGUGUUUGGGACACUUGAAAAGAGGGAUUCAUCUA